AGGGUUACCACAUGGGUAGGGGGGUCCAGGUGCUGCCACAGCCUGCUCCCCACAGUGGGUGGCCAGAGCCCCUAGUAUCCAGCACCCACACGUGGCGGCCUUGGCAUCUGAGUGGCUUUCCCUGUGAGCCCCUCCUUGCAGGAUGGAGCCUCUGGGAGUGGGGAGUGAGGAGUAAAGGUGUUGGGCUGUGCAGCCCCUGCCUCCUCACUGGUGGGACCCUGCCCUGCUGUGCAGUGGGGUCCUUCAUGCUGGGAUCUCUGUGGUCCCCAUUCUUGGAGAGAUGCCCAGGGCAACAGACAGUAAGGGUGGAGGGCACAGGGAGGGGAGGAGAGAGAGGCAGGCCGAGGGGUGGGUCGGGGGGUGGGCUGGGGCAGUGACUUCAAUGGAGGAGAGGCCUUUCAUAAGCUCCAGACUUCCUGUGGCCACAGCAGGACCAGAGUGGACCAGCGCACCCCAGGAGAGAGGACUGGGGUCCUGGGAAUAGGAGGAGCCUGAGCACCAUGAGCUCCCGAGCCCCUGCACACCUCGGCCUCUGCCUCUGGCUGUGGCUGAGCACCACCCUGGGAAGAGAGCAAGGACAAGGUAAGGACACUGGCAGUGGACCCCUGCUGGCCCCCAGGCCAUGCCUGCCCCACCAGUGCCCACCAGGGCGGACGAGCCCUCCGCCCCUCCGCCCCUGCGCCCUCCCGGCUUUCCUUAUAAGUUGAAUGCUUGCUGAAUUCCGAGCAGCUCCCACAACAAAGGGAAGAGGAUGGGACGGACGGGAGGGAGCGUGUGCUCCUGCCAAACCCUCAGCCUCGCCUUGGGAACGCGCCUGUGUGGUUUUGUUGUUUGUUACAUCAAUGCUUGGCUGAGAGUUACUCCACGAACACCUUUUGGAGCAGUCUCCAGGAAGCAGGAGGCUGGGGUGAAGAUGGGGCCGCCUUCCCUCCUGCCUGCUUCCCACCGGCGCCUCCCACUGGUGUUUUGGGCACAUAGCCCUCUGGCUUCUCCCAGUGAGGCUCCCGCAUUUCCAUGCAGCACCACCUCCUCCGUGCACAUCCCUGGGCGACCGCACCACAAGCACCACGUCCUCAGAAGGCCCCUCCAGUCUGGCCGCUACCGGUUGGGGCGUUUGGCAAGUGGCCACCUGAGGCUGACUGUGCUGCCUGAGGACCAGCUGCAGAUGAAGUGGAGAGAGUCGGAGGGGAGCGGCCUCGGCUACCUGGUGCAGGUGCAGCCCAUGGCAGGGGACUCGGAACAGGAGGUGAUACUGACCACCAAGACCCCUAAGGCCACAGUGGGGGGCCUGAGCCCCUCCAAGGGCUACACCUUGCAGAUCUUCGAGCUCACUGGCUCUGGGCGCUUCCUGCUGGCUCGGAGGGAGUUUGUGAUUGCGGAUCUGAAGAGUACCUCCUUGGACAGGAACAACCAGAGACCUCUCAGCAAUGGAGCCCCGGAGCCCACCCCCUCCCUCGUGGGGAGCCCAGACCCUGAGCAGGCUUCCGAGUCCCGAGUUGCCUUUGCGCCAAGCUGGGAUCCGCCCAUUCCUGCCAGCCCCCAGUUCCGCUGCCUACCCCCUGUGCCUGCUGACAUGGUCUUCCUGGUGGACGGGUCCUGGAGCGUUGGCCACAGUCACUUUCAGCAGGUCAAGGACUUCCUGGCCAGCGUCAUUGCACCCUUUGAAAUCGGGCCGGAUAAGGUCCAAGUAGGCCUGACUCAGUACAGCGGCGAUGCCCAGACUGAGUGGAACCUGAACUCCUUCGGCACCAAGGAGCAGGUGCUGGCAGCUGUGCACCGCCUCCGCUACAAGGGGGGGAACACAUUCACAGGCCUCGCCCUGACCCACGUGCUGGGGCAGAACCUGCAGCCGGCGGCUGGCCUCCGUCCAGAGGCGGCCAAGGUGGUGAUUCUGGUGACGGACGGCAAGUCCCAGGACGAUGUGCACGCUGCUGCUCGUGUCCUCAGGGACCUGGGUGUGAACAUCUUCGCUGUGGGUGUGAAGAACGCCGAUGAGGCUGAGCUGAGGCUCCUGGCAUCCCCGCCACGGGACAUCACCGUCCACAACGUGCUGGACUUCCCGCAGCUUGGCGCGCUGGCUGGCCUGCUCAGCCGCCUCGUCUGCCAGAGGCUGCAGGAUGGGGGCCCGCGGCGGGGCCUAGCAGCGGCUCCAGCCCUGGACACCCUCCCCGCCCCCACCGGCCUGGUCCUGAGCCAGGUGACCUCCUCCAGCAUCCACGUGUCCUGGACUCCAGCCCCCCGGCUCCCCCUCAAGUAUCUGAUUGUUUGGCGAGCCUCCAGAGGUGGCACCCCCAGGGAGGUGGUGGUGGAGGGGCCUGCCGCCUCCGCAGAGCUGCACAACCUGACCUCCCGCACAGAGUACCUGGUCUCCGUGUUCCCCAUCUACGAGGGUGGGGUUGGCGAGGGCCUGCGGGGCCUGGCGACCACAGCACCUCUGUCUCCGCCCCGGGCACUGACCUUGGCCACAGUGACUCCCAGAACCGUCCACCUCACCUGGCAGCCCUCGGCCGGGGCCACCCACUACCUGGUGCGGUGCUCACCUGCUUCCUCCAAGGGUGAGGAGGAGGAGCGAGAGGUGCAGGUGAGGCGGCCCGAGGUGCUGCUGGAUGGCCUGGAACCAGGCAGGGACUAUGAGAUCUCGGUGCAGAGCCUACGAGGCCCUGAGAGCAGCGAGGCCCGGGGCAUCCGUGCCAGGACCCCCAUCCUGGCCCCCCCGAGACACCUGGGCUUCUCAGAUGUGAGCCACGACACGGCGCGAGUGAUCUGGGAGGGCGCCGCAAGGCCUGUGCGCCUGGUCAGGGUCACCUAUGUCUCCAGCGAGGGUGGACACUCGGGGCAGACAGAGGCUCCUGGGAACGCCACCUCAGCCACGCUGGGGCCCCUCUCUUCCUCCACCACCUACACUGUCCGCGUCACCUGCCUCUACCCUGGGGGUGGCUCCUCUACGCUGACUGGCCAGGUCACCACCAAGAAAGUUCCCAGCCCAAGCCAGCUGUCCGUGACGGAGCAGCCGGGGGACACAGUCCAGCUGGCAUGGGUGGCCGCAGCCCCGUCUGGCGUGCUUGUCUACCAGAUCAAGUGGACGCCCCUGGGAGAGGGGAAGGCUCACGAGAUCUCUGUCCCAGGGAACCUCGACACGGCCGUCCUGCCUGGCCUAGGGAGGCACACGGAGUAUGACGUCACCAUCCUGGCCUACUACAGGGAUGGCGCCCGCAGUGACCCUGUGUCCCUCCGCUAUACCCCCUCCACAGUGAACAGGAGCCCCCCCUCCAACCUGGCCCUGGCCUCGGAGACCCCCAACAGCCUGCAGGUCAGCUGGACACCCCCACGUGGCCGCGUGCUCCACUACCGGCUCACCUACGCGCCCGCCUCUGGCUCAGGACCUGAGAAAUCCGUCUCCGUGCCAGGACCCAGGAGCCACGUGACACUCCCCGACCUGCAGGCAGCCACCAAGUACAGGGUCCUGGUCUCAGCUGUCUACGCAGCAGGCAGGAGUGAGGCUGUGUCUGCCACGGGCCAGACAGCAGCCUGCCCAGCCCUCCGCCCUGACAGCUCCCUCCCAGGGUUUGACCUGAUGGUGGCCUUCGGCCUGGUGGAAAAGGCUUACGCUUCCAUCCGGGGCGUGGCCAUGGAGCCCUCUGCCUUCGGUGGGACCCCAACCUUCACGCUUUUUAAGGACGCCCAGCUGACAAGACGGAUCAGUGACGUCCACCCAGCCCCGCUCCCUCCAGAGCACACCAUCGUCUUCCUUGUGCGUGUGCUUCCCGAGACGCCCCGUGAGGCCUUUGCGCUGUGGCAGAUGACGGCCGAGGACUUCCAGCCCGUCCUCGGGGUUCUGCUGGACGCCGGGAGGAAGUCCCUGACCUACUUCCACCUCGACCCCAGGGCUGCCUUGCAGGAGGCCACCUUCGACCCGCAGGAAGUGAGGAAGAUUUUCUUCGGGAGCUUCCACAAGGUGCACGUGGCUGUGGGCCGCUCCAAGGUCAGGCUCUAUGUGGACUGCCGGAAGGUGGCUGAGCGGCCCCUCGGGGAGGUGGGCAGCGCACCCUCUGCCGGCUUCAUCACGCUGGGGAGGCUGGCCAAGGCCAGGGGCCCCCGGAGCAGCUCGGCCGCGUUUCAGCUCCAGACACUGCAGAUCGUGUGCAGUGACACCUGGGCCGACGAGGACCGGUGCUGUGAGCUCCCUGCCUCGAGGGAUGGAGAGACCUGCCCGGCCUUCGUGUCUGCCUGCUCCUGUUCCUCAGAGACCCCUGGGCCCCCAGGGCCCCAGGGACCCCCAGGCCUCCCUGGGAGGAACGGCACUCCGGGAGAGCAGGGCUUCCCCGGGCCCAGGGGAGAGCCCGGGCCACCUGGACAGAUGGGACCAGAAGGUCCUGGAGGCCAGCAGGGGUCACCGGGGACCCAAGGCCGCGCAGUCCCGGGGCCUGUGGGUCCACCAGGGGUCAAAGGAGAGAAAGGAGACCAUGGGCUCCCAGGCUUGCAGGGCCACCCCGGCCACCAGGGCAUCCCCGGGAGAGUUGGCCUCCAGGGACCAAAGGGAAUGAGAGGCCUGGAGGGAACUGCUGGCCUGCCGGGACCCCCUGGCCCCAGGGGGUUCCAGGGCAUGGCAGGGGCCAGGGGCACUGGUGGAGAGCGAGGACCCCCAGGGGCUGUGGGGCCCACAGGGCUGCCGGGGCCCAAAGGGGAACGAGGAGAGAAGGGCGAGCCGCAGUCCCUCGCCACCCUCUACCAGCUUGUGAGCCAGGCCUGUGAGUCCGCCAUCCAGACACACGUGUCAAAGUUUGACUCCUUCCACGAGAACACCAGGCCCCCAAUGCCCAUCUUGGAGCAGAAGCUGGAGCCGGGCACUGAGCCCCUGGGGUCCCCUGGCGCCCGCAGCAAGGCCCUGCUUCCUGGAGAAUGGAGGCAGGGUAGCCACCACCUAGAGGGCAGAGGGGAGCCUGGAGCUGUUGGUCAGACGGGCAGCCCUGGGCAGCAGGGGGGCUAGCACCCAGGGCCUCUGGGAGCGACAGACCCAUCAGAGAAUGACCCUACCCAAGCCCUGCCCACAAUCCUGCCCACCCACGGCCCUGCUGGACACAGCGUGUGGAAACCCAGGCACUGGCCCUGAGCCUGUGUCCACCUGUCUUCAGCCUUUCAGAUCUGUCCGCCCUUCUCUCCUGCCAGGACAUUUUCUGCACUGUCCCGAGGAACCCUGUGCCUUCCUCCCUGGGUUUGUCUGGAAACCAAGAGCGACCACAUCCUGGAAAAGCCAGGAGAAAAGCUCAGGAAGUGCCUGCAGGUGGAAGGAGAGGGAAGGAGCAGCCUUGGCCAAGGCCCACCCCACGCCCUUGGCUCUGUAGCAUUUCCAAGUUCAGAUAAACCACCGAGUGCUCACCCA